AUGUGUUGUUUGAACGUGCGCUUCAAUUUGCGAAACGAGACCACCAGAAAGAAAGAGACUUCUUAUUCUCUCCGCCGGCUGAUUGACACAUUCAUGCCCCGCCUUUCCACACCACCAGCGCUAUCACAGCCUCUCAGUGCCUCACCCUCUCACACCGACUCGGCUUCGACAGCAGCAGAGACGCCUCCCGAAGACCAGGAUCGCCACGGCUUACGCAGAAAAGAGGUGAAGUUUACCGACCAAGACGCCGCGAAUUCGGAUCCGCGGCAGUCCAGGAGGGCAGAAACCAACCAAGACAAGUCCCUGGCAGACCGCUUUGC